UGCUAAGUCCAAAUCAUGGAAGAGACAAUUUGAUUUGUAUAUGUAUGUUACCAGUGCAGUGAUGAACAAGAAAGGUCUCGCCAUUCUUAUGCGAACCAAAAUGCGACCUCUUUCCCCUACCUUUGCCUCUAGCAAGAGCAAAUUGAAUCAAAUGCAAACCUCUCAACUGGAAGGUGAUAAAGUUUCUUCUCAGGAUGCUUCACUUCUUCCAGAAAGAGAGUUUAGCCAAGUACGGGAGUCAAUGCACUCAGCCAUGUCGACAAACAAGACAGAAAUUGUGGAUGUUGCUCUGGAUGAAUUUUCAGAGGGAUACUUUUUCCUUUCCCCAGAAAAUCGUUAUAAGAUGCUUCUUUCACUUGCCAAAGAGUAUGAUCUCAAUCGGACCCAAGUUCGCGAGUUAAUGAAGCAGCAUCUUGAUCUUCAGCUACCAAGUGAUAAGGCUGAAGAUAGUGGUCAUGAAGAAGAAGGAUCAUUAUCAGCUUUCUACAGGAUUGAGCGGAACUUGAGGCAGGCGCUCAAGCCUAUGUAUGAAGUUCUUUUUGAGCGUCUCAAUACACAUCCUGGGGGAUUGAAGUUCCUGUCUGAUAUUCGAGCUGAUAUUCUUUGUCUUCUCGGAGACGUAAAUAUAGCAUCUCUGCGAGCAUUGGAUUCCCACCUAAAGGAGAAACUGAUUACAUGGCUUAGUCCUGCUAAUUUGGAGCUUCACAACAUUACAUGGGAUGAUCCUGCGUCUUUGUUGGAAAAAAUUGUUGCAUAUGAGGCUGUGCAUCCAAUAAGCAAUCUUAUAGAUCUGAAAAGAAGGCUAGGAAUAGGUCGCCGCUGCUUUGGGUACUUCCAUCCAGCAAUACCUGGUGAACCACUUAUUUUUAUUGAAGUUGCACUUAUGAAGGAUGUGGCAGCAACCAUACAGGAGGUCCUAUGGGACAAUCCACCAAUUUCUGAACAUGAGGCUUCUUGUGCAAUUUUUUACUCUAUUUCGUCAACUCAGCCUGGCUUAUCAGGGAUCAACCUGGGGAAGUUUCUCAUCAAACGUGUGGUUGAUGUGGUGAAAAAAGAUAUGCCCAAUAUCUGUGUAUUCGCUACUCUUAGUCCUAUCCCUGGUUAUAGGCAAUGGAUGUUAUCAAAGUUGGCUUCAUCAGAGAUGACUGGUUCUGCCUUCAAAGAAAUUUUGCUUAGACCGGAUGAAGAAAAGGCACUUAUGGAUGCAUCAGGAGGUUCUGACUUGGGAAGCAGUGGUAUUGAAGUAAUGUGGAACGUAUUGACAUCAAAAAACCAUGAAUGGACCAAUUCACCUAAUCUGGUAUCUGCGUUGAGAACCCCUAUGAUGCGACUUUGUGCCAGGUACCUUAUGAAAGAAAAAAAGAGAGGAAAAGCUCUAGAUUCGGUUGCAAAUUUCCACUUACAAAAUGGAGCAAUGAUCGGAAGGCUAAACUGGAUGGCUGAUCGGUCACAAAAGGGCCUUACUCAAAGUGCAGGCAUAAUGGUAAAUUACAUCUACAGGUUGGACAACAUUGAAGAUAGUGCUCAGGCAUAUCAGAAUGAAGGACACAUCGAAUCUUCUUCUGAUUUCAGAAGCUACAUUGAGGAUGAUAAUGGAGAAAAGGCAGAUUAGAAGGAUUAGGAGAGAAUCGUAACACUGUGAGUACAAUAUGAAAUACACAGGUCGAAAUGUCCAUAUCAAGGAUUCAUAUGUUCUAUAUAUAU